GAAAUUUCCAUUUUCUACAGGAAAGUUUUCUAGAAAAAUAAGAAAGUUCUCCUCCCCGAGCUUAGAAGCCCUAACCCUUUCCACAAAAUCUUCCUCCCGAAAUAAGUCUGCUCGUUACUUUAAAAAAAUUCUUAAGUUACCUCCAAAAGCUCUAGGGUUAAAUAAAAAGCUCCCUUCCGAAUUUGUUCUCCGACAACAAAAAUGGCAGUGAGGUUCCUAAUCUCAAGAACUUCACCAAAGAGUCUCCACCAACUUCUGCAGCCUAGUCUCCAAAAAUCUUCCCCAGUUUCUCAAUUCCUCAGACAUAUGCAUUCCUUCAUUUCCCCAGAAUUCAAUUUCCGAAAUUCCUGUCCUCAAAAUUCCAGGGGCAUGGUCUCUGCUCCUGAUUACGGUCUUGAAGAAGCUGGUGCCGCUGCUCUCAGCCUCGAUAAUCGCGUUCCAGCCACUGUAAUAACUGGGUUUCUUGGCUCUGGGAAGACCACUCUUCUCAAUCACAUUCUCACAUCUCAACAUGGCAAGCGGAUUGCAGUCAUAGAGAAUGAGUUUGGUGAGGUGGAUAUUGAUGGAUCAUUGGUUGCUAGCCAUUCUUCUGCCAGUGACGACAUAGUUAUGGUUAACAAUGGUUGCCUGUGCUGUACUGUGAGAGGAGAUCUGGUUAAAAUGCUGUUGGAGUUGGUCAAGAAAAAAAGGGACAAAUUUGAUCACAUUGUUAUUGAAACCACGGGACUCGCUAAGCCUGGCCCUGUCAUAGAAACAUUCUGUUCUGAUGAACUAGUUUCACGUCAUGUGAAACUGGAUGGAGUUGUUACCAUGGUUGAUUCCAAACAUGCCAUGCAACACUUGAAUGAAGUUAAACCCAGAUUUGUGGUGAAUGAGGCGGUAGAACAAAUUGCAUAUGCCGACCGAAUUAUACUGAACAAGAUAGAUUUGGUGUCCGAGACUGAAUUACAGAGUUUGACACACCAAAUCAAGCAUAUUAAUGGUAUGGCUCCAAUUAAGCUGGCCAAAUAUGGAUCUGUAGACAUGGACUUUGUCUUGGGAGUAGGAGGAUAUGAUCUUGAAAGGAUUGAUUCUGAAGUUCAUAUAGACGAUUUAUGUAGUGCAACGCGUGAACAUGAGGCUGCACAAGAGGAUCAUGAGGGCCAUCAUCAUCAGGAAUGUAAAUCCCAUCAUGACCAUGUGCAUGAUUCUAGCGUCUCUAGUGUCAGUAUUGUCUCUGAGGGAACUCUGGACCUCGAUGAGGUUGAUGAUUGGCUUGAAAGACUAAUUGAAGAAAAUGGUGAGGACCUGUACAGGAUGAAAGGCGUCUUAUCUGUAGCAAGUUCUGAUCAGCGAUAUAUUUUUCAGGGGGUGCAUUCUACAUUAGAUGGUUGCCCAGGCAAACCAUGGGGGCCUGAUGAACAGAGAAUAAACAAGAUUGUGUUCAUAGGAAGAAAUUUGAAUGAAACUGCUCUCAGAAAAGGUUUCAAAGGUUGUCUGUCUUGAUCUAUGAGUUGACAUUGCAAUGUACUUGGUAGUGCAAUGGGGAAAGCAGUCAAAGUCUUCUCUAUACACUUAUGGAGCCUCUAAAAAUAUAGAUACAAAAAUGUAGAAAAUUUUGGAAUUUCUUUGUUAAGAAAUAGCAAUUAUUCAUUGAUAUAUUUUUGUUUAUUUUCCUUCUAAAUAAGAACUAUUCAUUGAUAUGUA